CUUUCGUUUGGCUCACUUCAGUGUAAGGGCGGGACUAAGCGACGCUUCGGAAAACAGCGGAAGAAAAUGGCGGCCGUGGCUGCAGAGCCAGCGGCUGCGGUGGUUCCAACAACGGCGUCAGCGGAGGAGGACUCGCCGCAACCGGGUCCCAGUGGGUCGGAACGUCCACGGAGCGAUUGGGACAGCGAUGGAUCGCUGGGGCCGGCUGCGGACCAGGUGGGUCCACGUGUGGAGGACGGUUGUGAGGGAGAGGAGCGCCGCCAUGUCAGGCCGGAGUUCGCGGCGGGAAAAGCUCGGCCCGAACCCGAAGAACUGCUGAUCAAAGCGCCGCUGGACCGGGUCGGACCCGCCCCGGAGCCGGAGGUCGGUGGGAGCGUGUACCGCAGCAUCCUGGAGGACCCGCAGCCCCCCGCGGUCUUCCUGCACUCCUUCCCGGAGGCGCCGCGGGUCUCCGAGGCCGGACUGUCGCUGGCGGAACCAGCGGUACCGACCACGGAGCGGCCCGACACCGAGGACCGAGACGCUGGCUACACGGCUCUGGUCCAGCCGGAGCUUAGACCCGACCUUCAGGCAGACGGGACUCUUGCCCGGCUGUCGGUUCCGAACAGCCGUGACGCAGAGGGGGGGCGCGGAGAACCUGCUUCCAGCCAGCUGCCGGGGCGGGCAGAGACCGACUCCUCCCCUGACACGAGUCCGCCCGAAGAGGGCCUGCCCCAUCCCUUGUCGGCCAUCGUCGCUCCGGGACUCGGCUCCGUGGAAGAACUGAGUCCCGGGACCGAGGUCCGGGUCUCUCUGGACCACGUCAUCGACGACGCGCUGGUGGUUUCUUUCCGGCUGGGAAAUAAGGUUUUCUCCGGAGUGCUGAUGGAUAUUUCCAAAAGGUUUGGACCGUAUGGGAUUCCCAUCACAGUGUUUCCCAGGCGGGACUACAGGGAACAGGCUCAACCGUCUAUGCAGUCACAGAAUGAAGUAGAUACAAAGCAGGAAGAUGUCACCUUAAACCUUCUGUCUCCACCCCUACCUCCUCACUCCUGGGCUUCAAAACCUCCACCACUGUUCCAGGAGGGUGCACCAUACCCCCCUCCUUUGUUCAUCAGGGACAGCUACAACCAGGCCUUACCUCAGCCACCGCCACGAAAGAUCAAAAGGCCAAAGCGUCGCUACCGCUGUGAAGAGCCAACGUCCAUUAUGAAUGCCAUCAAGCUUCGUCCUCGUCAAGUGCUUUGUGACAAAUGCAAAGGUGUGGUAGGGACAAGUGUGUAUCGGGACGCCCGGCGGGGAUCAUGUGACCUGCGGAGUGAGGAAACACCACGCAGGCGGAGAUUAGCAGAAGGACCAAUGUCGUCUGAAGUCAAAAGGCUGAGGAACGACCAUGACAAGGCAGGUCGAAGCGCAACGGACAGACGCUCAUCAUCAGGAAUACGUGUGUCGGCCGCAUCACAGCCGUCCUCUCACCGUGUCCUGAGAGGUGUCUUGUCCUCGUCGACAUCCUCAUCACCUUCAUCUGGCCGGAUGUGUCUGAAGCUGAACUCUAAAAAGGUUCUGGCCAAAGGUUCUUGCAUGGAUAAUACCAAAGCACGACAGGUUCUGAAGAAACUGGCCAGAGGCUCACAACCACUUCCACAUCACCAGCCCAAACACCCAACCCAGAACCAGAAUCUCACAAAGGCUGUAACCCGAGCCGCUGCUUUGAAGAACCACACCCAGAAAGUCCACUUCACCCGACGCCUACUGCAUCUUGGCACGGUCUCCGUGACCUCAACCGCCCCUACUGCGCUUCCACCAAGGACACGCCUGAAGCCCCAAAGGUAUCGUACCGAUGACAGUCAGACAGCCUGCUCCCUGUCCCCUUGCAAGCAGAGCCAGACAACAUGCUCCUCCUCCCCUGCUGCCAAACAGAGUGCCCACUCAUUGCACCCAAAGCCUGCUGAAAACUCCACCCAGACCUUGUCCCAUUCUGCAACGACUCCUUCCUCCUCAUGUGCAGCUACUGUUGCCAUGGAAAUGCAGGCCCUCUGCCCUGCUGCUGUUGAACAUGGAGAGGAGGAGGGGCCUGAGCAGGAACAGAAACAGUGUGUAAGUGAUGGACAGUUGAUGGACCCUCUUUCCUCCUCUUCAGACUCCUCCCAUUCAGAGUGCAGCUCCACAGAGACCUUUGACCUCCCUCCGCCUGGGGACUUUCCUCUUCCACCCUCCUCUUCCUCCCCUGUUCCCCACUCUGCUCCCCCUUCCUCCUCGUCUACAGUGCGUCACUGUACCUCCUCUUCUUUGUCAGCUAGUCCCUCUCCUAAAACGGCGGGUGAGGAGACGCAGGCUGCCACCCCACGGGACAAGGAUGAUGGAGGUGAACUAAAGAGGCGUCGAAAGUCUUCCACAUCUUCUUCCUCUUCCUCCUCCUCUUCCUCCUCCUCUUCUUCUGUCUUCUCCAAGUCAGUGUCAAAGUGCUCUGCCCCUGAUGGCCGGGUGGUGUGUGUGGGGGACAUUGUGUGGGCUAAGAUCUACGGCUUCCCCUGGUGGCCGGCACGUGUGCUGAACAUCACUCUGUCACGCCGCGGUGACACGGGCAUGGCAGUGCGGCAGGAGGCACGUGUCUCUUGGUUUGGCUCUCCCACCACCUCGUUCCUGCCGCUUGUCCAGCUUUCACCCUUCUUGGAGAGCUUCCAGUCUCGCUUCGACAGGAAGAGGAAGGGCCCAUACCGUCGUGCCAUUGCUGAGGCUGCCAGCGCUGCCAAGCAGCUCACACCUGAGGUGCGAGCGUUGCUCACACAGUUUGAGACGUAGCAUGUGAGUCUGUGCGCUCAGGUUUGUCUCUGGCACUGCCAACAGUUCCCGCCCACCUCUGACCCCAACCCCGACUACAGGGAGGAGGCGCUAGGCCCUCCCUCUUGUCAGACUGAGUCCUGUCUGUCUGUCAGGUGGCCGCUGGAUACGGACGGAUGCAUGUUUGAUGGAGGGCGGAGGGGGCGGAGCUUCCUGUAAGUGUUUGCAAGAGUGUUAAUGUCACUGGUGAUUGGAGGGCGGGAUUCCAUCAGCAACACUAUCUGCUGAUUCCCUGCAUCUUCAUACAAAUGCAAUCAUGCAUGUAAAUAUAUUUUCUUGAAAUCUGCUGACGAGCCGCCACGUCCUCCACUAACGUUUAACGACAACACUUCUGAACACGUGCAGGCAUUUGAAUUCUGUCUGCUGAGAACAAACUGAGGCUGGGGGUCCCAGAAGGUGUCACCAGUGAGUCCGUAUCCAGUUCUAGCACCUUCUGCAUGUUCAGGUUCCAUGUCUUUGGUUUGUUGUCGUGAGCGCAGCUUGUUUGGAAUAAUGUCAAGCAUUUGAAGGGUUGAUGCAGUCCAGUCCAACAUGAGUGUGUAACAUUUCCAUAGCAGCGUGUGCUACCCCCCCCCCCACCCGCACCUCAGUCAUGUAUAUUAAGUUUAUUUAAGCCUCAGUUUUUAAUUGUCACAUCAUCUGAUUGCUAUGCAGUUAAUCACAUCUCAGUCGUAAUUGUGACAUUGGUUUAAAAAAGUGUGUUUCAGUAAGAAUCGUCUUUGUGCAGUGCUUGCCGCGCUGUGGUCUAAGUGCACAGUGCUCUUAUAAUGCAAACUUUUCCUUCCAUUAGGAGAGGUGAUGGCUUAGUGGUUAAGCGUUGGGCUUCAGACCAGUGGAUCCUCAGUUCAAAACCCAGCCAGACCGGAAAUUCGCUAAGAGCCCCCUGGGCAAGGUCCUUAGUCCUCUAGUUGCUCCAGGUGCGUAGUGAGUGCCGUGCAUGGCAACACACUGACAUCAUUAAAAAGUGCUAUAUAAAUGCAGUCCAUUUAGAGUUCCAUUGGGACGCCGUGUCUGGGGAAGGAGACAAAGUGACAAGCUGCCUUUCAUUUUCAAUUAUAGCGUGCGUUUUGCAACACCAAGACAACAGUCGCUAUGCUGCCAGGUAGGCAGGGCUAAAAUAGUCCGUUUUCUGCAAAUACUGAGUGACAAGACAUGGCGAUGUCAGCUGGUAGCUCGCUUGAGCAAAAUGAUCCAACAUGACGAAAUACCUGCCAAACAGCAGUAUUUCUGUAAAGCGCUAAUCUCUUCGCCAUUUUUCCUCAUAUUUUGUAAAAAAGUCUUAAUCCAAAAACUCCAUUUUUGUAACCAGGUCACACCUCUGAAGUGAUUUAAAGAACUCGUACAGAGAUGGUAGCAUGCUAACUCAAGCUAGAGGAGCGUCACUGUGAAAGAUGUUAGAAACAAAUCAAGUGGGCUCUGGUUCCAUUCAGCGGUCGAGCCCAUGGUGACAGUGGCACCUUUACACAGUGCCACCUAAUGUUAAACAUCCUAAUCCAUUAGGAAAAAAUUAUUCAGGAAGAGUUUCAAAGAUCUGAAAAAGUAAUCAGUCCAGAUUUAAAGAUGAUUAUUAAAGUCAGUUUUGAUGUAGUUUUUGUUAAAUAUUUCAGUAACCAUUUAGAAAUGAGAAUUUUACAGCACAACGGACAGUUUGUCUUGUCGCAGCCUGAGGCAUGAAAUUCUGCCUCCAGACAGAUUUACUGAACAGCGCUACAGUGUUUCCAUUUCCUCCUGAUUGAUGACUGUCUGCACACAUUUUGAUUUCUGUUAAUAAUUACUUCUGGGCUCUGAACAUCCAGGCGCCAGACAUUAAAAAGCAACAAAACAUACACCACAAGAACGUCUGGUUGGUUUGUUUCAACUUCAUUAUCUCCGUCAAUGUCUGUGAGCAGCUGGUAGCCCGCAAUUUUUCAUAUAUUGUUAUGAAAUUUUGAAAGAGGAUUCAUACCUUGAUAAGCAAGAACAUAUUCAAUUUUCAAGGUAAAAUGGUAAAUGGACUGCAUUUAUAUAGCGCUUUACCAUCCGCAUCAGACGCUCAAAGCGCUUUACAAUAAUGCCUCACAUUCACCCUGAUGGCAGGGUGUUG